CCAACGUCAUCGGACAAUGAUGGUAGAUGCCAAGGCACUCGUGUCCUGACGUAAUAUGUAUGUGCGCCACAAGCAUAGUAUGUAUUGUACAUAGAGUGCCUCUACCUCUAUCAUCGCUAUCACGCCUCCUCUAACCUACACGCCUACACACUCCUCAACCGCCCAGCAAAGCAACAUUCCGGGAUGACAUGCUCUCACGCCCGCAAUUCACCUUAGGCCUCAGCCUCGGCCGCUCCCUCUUCCUCCUCCCCCGCCACCAGCAAUUCCACACAUCGCACCCCACCGCCGCCGUCGCCGCCGACCCACCAUCCCACUACGAAACCCUCCAGCUCCACGAGACCGCCACGCGCGCAGAUAUCAAAAAACGUUUCUACGAACUCUCGAAAUCGCACCACCCAGACCGACUGCACCUCCGCGGUGGCGGCAGCAGUGGUGACAAGAAGAAAUUCCUCGAGAUCUCGGGGGCAUACCAAGUUUUGCGCGACCCAUUGCAGCGGCAGCGCUACGACCGCGAGCUCCUGCGCGCACGCGGACAUCGGCCCACGGUCGGAGGUGCGAGACCAGCGACAGGGCUCUCCCGUCGCGGACCCGCGCCGAGGGGGCCGGUGCAGAGUUAUUACCGUAAUGCGGUGGCGGGCGCGGGGCCAGGGGCGUUUAGGGGGUCGGCGGUGAGGAAGGAGGGGGGAGGGGUUGGUGGGGUGGGAGGCGGCAUGGGGGGCGGCAUGGGCGUUAACGGCGGGGAGGGAGAGGUUAGGGGCUUUGAUGUCAAGGAGAAGCAGAGGAUGCAUGAGGCGCAUGAGGAGCGGAGGAAUCGAAGGAGGCAGACGGGUGGUGAUGGGUAUGAUCCUGGCGUUAUUGUGCCCAUCGUUGCUGUUACGGGGAUUUUGGCAUUUACGGUUUGGAGUGGGACGAAGGCUUUUCACGGCGGCGGGAGGGAGGAGAGGAAGUGAGUGAGUGUGUUGUACGAUAUAUGAUAAGAUGGUCUAUACCUAGAGGUGUAUAUGGGAAAUGUGUGUUUAGAAGUUGAGUUUUACAAGGUCGACUGCAAGUAUCUAUGCUAUCCGCCCCAAUGCCGUAUUUGCGGGGUGAGCUAACUGAUACUAUACAAACACUUCUCCCCAUCACCAGUAUGAUUGCUAUCUACCAAAGCCAUACUUCCGUGGAGAGAGAUUGUCUGGAAUAAAGAACGAUGAGUUCGAU